AUGAAUAGAAUCAUUGCCGUUAAUCUACGACAAAAUCGUUUUGAUCCGAUUGCUCUUUCUGACCAUUCAGAGCAGAACAAAAGCGCAGCAGUACGUUUCUCUCUGAUUCAAGCACGUCAUACCUUGUAUCUCAAUUAUCUCAAAGACAGUAUAACAAAUAAAAUAAACCUUAAAGAUUUACUAACAAACAAGUAUCAAAUAUUAUAUUUAUCUAUUGACUGUGUUUUAUCUGAAUUUCAUGAUCAAGGUUUAUAUGCCUGGUUUCGUUCAUUAGCUAUGAAACAUAUUCAAUCUCGAUAUCAUUUCCAACGAACUUACGGAAUACGUUUUUCGUCAGCAUCAACACAUGUACAUCAAAAGAAUGGUUACCAAUGUAUAGGAAAGAUAAGAGCUAAAAUGUAUGAAUGA